GGCGAACUACAUCUCAUGCGAGAUUUAUAUAGAUCAAAUCUGCACAGUGAUUUAUAUUCAAUUUGACUUUCUUCCUUUCCUUCGAUCUACUUGAGAUUAGGACCAUUGCCUGCCAAAAUGGCCUUCACCACGAACGCGACCAUCGCCUCGUGCGGCGGUAAGCUCCUGAAGCUCACCCACAAGGCUUCUAGCACGAACUGCGAUAUGAAUUUGAACCUCUACCUUCCCCCACAGGCCCAGUCGGGGAAAGUCCCGGUCCUAUUCUAUCUAUCCGGCCUGACCUGCACGGGAGACAAUUGCGCCGAAAAGGGAUUCUUCCAAAAGCCCGCAAGUGAGCACGGCAUCGCAAUCGUCUAUCCGGACACCAGUCCACGGGGCUUGAAAAUCGAAGGGGAAGAUGAUGCAUAUGACUUUGGUAGUGGUGCAGGCUUUUACGUCGACGCCACAAAAGAGCCAUGGACCAAGGGCUACAAUAUGUACUCCUACAUUGCCGAUGAGCUCCCCAAGGCGCUGUUCAGUUCGUUCCCAGAGCUGGACUCGUCAAAAGUCAGUAUCACAGGUCACUCAAUGGGCGGGCAUGGCGCCUUGACACUGUUCCUCCGAAACCCUGGGAUGUACAAGUCAUGCUCCGCAUUCGCGCCAAUUGCCAAUCCAAUCAACUGCCCCUGGGGCCAGAAGGCAUUCAACGGCUACUUCGGCGAAGAUCAGUCGAAAUGGCAAGAGCACGAUGCGACCGAGCUGGUCAAGAAGUGGAAAGGUCCGCUGAGUCUGCUGAUCGAUGUGGGAACUGGCGACAACUUCUACAAGCAGGGACAGUUGCUUCCAGAGAACUUCAUUGCGGCGGCCAAGGAGGCGGGCAACGAUACGGAUAUCACCCUCCGCAUGCAGCCAGAUUAUGACCACAGCUACUAUUUCAUUUCGAGCUUUGCCGAUAACCAUGUCAGUUAUGCUGCGAAGUUCCUGUCCUCGAAACAUAUCCUGUAAGUAUCUGGACUAGAUGGUCUACCAAGCCCUCCAAAGAAGGGAUCUUGGUUAAUAUCACUACAAUUGUAUAGAAAUCCUUCGACACACCCCUGGAUUAAUUCUAAAGACGAGCUUAGAGCAUCAAAGCAGAGGCUUUAGGAAUACCUAUAGGAAAAUAUUCUUGUUUGGACCACUUGGAGAAGGAUUUGGGUCCAGGAUAAGGUCCUCAUUCUGGUGUGUCUACUGUCGUAUCACCUACGGAUACAGUGAGUGAAUGAGUGAGCGGAGCCUUGUAAACCACGCCCUAUGCAUAACUUAAACCAAAAUAAUCCAAGGAUACAG